AUGAUUUGCAGCCAGGCCACACGAUUUAUCAUACCCGCUCAUGCACUAGCAACAAACCGGACCUGCUUGAAAGGAGGGCCGUAUCGAAGACCCGACACCAGUGACGGACCUCCUGAGAACCGAGCCAGAAGCCAUGCCGUGGAAGCUGCAGAAAGGCAGCGCGGGAACAAUCUCAGGGUGAAAGAGCUCGCACACCCAUGCCCAUGCGAACAACCCUGGCACUCUUGUCGCAUUCUUACCACCCGGAAAAGCCCAGGCACGAAAGACGCAUUACUACGCGGUCGCCGACGCUUCAACGGGCGCAUCACGCAGCACAACAACAAACCACAGCUGCCUCUACCUGGCCCAGCAGCCACUGCCUUCGCGCUCAGUGACAUGUGGCACACACUCAAGGCAAAAGAGUGCCACAUCAUCAUCGCCGGCCACGUCUGGACAGGUCGUUUCGUGGUAUGGCGCUAUCCUGUAAUGCUGGCUGCCGACAUGGAAGUCUGGACAGCGACACCCGGCGUCGUCAAGUUAGGAGACGGAGACUACGACGGGGAUUUUAUCCAGAUAUCAGCUUGGGUCGAAUUACUGGAGUUCAUGGAAAAUACUCCCUCAGAGACGGACUUGCCAGCCCUCCGGCAAGCCCGCGAGAAGAUCCUCACAUCCCUGCCGAAAAGGACGCCGUCUCCCCUCACUUCCAUAGGUCUAGCAUGCGCAAUGGCAGAACGCGCGCAAGACGCAGCAUACAAGUCCUUGGACCCUGCCGGGGACGGCUCACUCCUUUUAGCAGCAAAGCUCGCUCAAGUGGCCCACAUGGCGUACGAUGUACCGAAGAAAUACGACGCAGCACAAGUGCUAGAAUUGGGCAGACAACUUCUUUCCGAUGCCGGCAUUGGCUGCCAAGCCCCUCGCUGCACCUCCGGUAUUGUGGAAAUGCUACAGCUGGAGCGCGUAAACCCAAUCCCUUUGCUGCCAUCCCCUGCAGACUUUCCUGGCAGACAAGCUAUAGCUGGCAUGGUUUGGUACCCCUACCAGGAAGUGAAACUGUCAGCAAGAGCGGGAGCUGUACUUAGGCGAUGCCUACUCCAACAGAAGCCGGUCGACGACUUGGAUAUUGUCGCAAAGCGUGUCCUCCUCGAAGCAAUAGGAGGGAUCAUCGCACAUCGGCUGGCACACACAGCCGGCCCCAUGUUGGAGCACGUGAAAGCAGGAAACGCGGAGCCCUUGAUUGCUGCCGCAUCAUGCGAACGACGGCUGAAAGCAAUCACCACCUGGUCGUACCUCCUGGACUGCCAGCUGAGGUACUGA